CCGGGAAGCCGCUUCAUAACUCAAAAGUUUAUGCGGACUUUUGAGUUAAUUCGUUUGGGGUUCGGAGUAGGAGUCUACUCCGAGGGUGGGGGCUUAGGUUUCAUCAUCAUCACCUUUCAUCUUUUCAUUAAUCAUCAAGAAAAAAAAUACGUCAGACAUGGCUGUAUGGGCAUAGUUCCCUUUGCCUUACCCUUCGGGGAAAACCAAAACAAAAAAAUAAAUAAAUGGGUUGUCUCAAGGUUGUCUGCAAAAGUCGUAUUUUUUAUUGAUAAAGUUAAAAUAUUGGCUAAUAUUUAAAUAACAACUAUUAGUAGUGAACUUUUUACUUUUCCAAGAUGAUGAACCAAUAUAUAAAAGAGCUAGAGCAGGAUCCUUUCGAUCCUGACGAGUUUGUAGAACGAAUGGUGCGCCGGAGCAUGCAGGAAUCCCGGCUGGAGGAUGAUCAGUUUGACCCAGAAAUGAUACAUGACAUAUUCACUCAAGCCAUUCAGGACCUGAAGGUACUACAAGAGAGACAGGAAAGGAAAUGUGCAAGACUAGAGCAAGCGGUGCAAGAAGAAGAAAAAUUAUAUGGAGCAAAACUCUCGGAAAUCAUGGACCAACAUACUCAUUGUGUAAAUGUGUUCAGUUCCCUGGACGAGAGGAUGUCGCGGUGUGGUGGUCGUGCCCUGGAUGUAGGCGAGAAGCUCGGGGCUGCCCGAGCACCACGAGCAAGGGCGGCGGCAGCCAGAGACCUGCUGUCACAUCUAGCUCACUUCCUCAGUCCUGGACCAGUCGUUACUCCACUUUUCAAUGAUCAAAGUAAAUUAAAUGAAGCAGCAGAUGUCAUACAGAAGCUACAUACAAUCGCCCAAGAGCUGCCUCCAGACAAGUUUGAAGUAGCCAAGAAGAAGAUAGAGGCAAAAUACGAUGAAAUUGAGAGGAACUUGAUUGAAGAGUUUGUAAAGGCCCAGAAUCAGGGAAAUAUAAACAAGAUGAAGGAUAUUGCCAACCUUAUGACCAAUUUCAAGGGUUAUUCCCAGUGUGUUGACGCUUUCAUAGAAACCUGUCAGAUGAACACUCUGCUAGGCAAGGACAUAUUCGCAGCAGUACUGCCCCUAUGCAAGAAGAACUAUACAGUAAUAAGCACUGUAUUCCCCAACCCCGACCAAGUGAUGAGCAAGUUUGUGCUGAACAUCUUCCACCUAAAGCUGCAGAAGUAUAUUCAAACUAAACUUGCUGACAAAAAUGAUGUGGAAAAGUACUUGAGGAAUCUUUUUGAGAUGUAUACAAGUACUCAAAGGGUGUGCGAUGAGUUGGUAACAGCGGGGCUGGUGUCAGCCGAUAGCAACGCCUCCAUGGGCGACCUGCGUCGUGAAGCCCUAGUGAACGGAGCCAUGGCCGGAGCCAAUGACGGGUAUGCGGCGCUCGAGACCAGACGACUGCGGGCCGCCAUGUCUACCGCCCUCAACGCAUAUUACAAUGAGAAGCAACAUGUUAAGAAGCAGAUUCAGGGUGGCGGUUUCCAAGAGCUCCGGCGCGACUUGCAAGCGGUGAUCGGUACGCGCGCCAACAUCAACAUCGCGCAGAUAGAGAACUACGGCGGGGAGACCUUCCUCAGCGAGCAGCUCGUGCAGAAGAUGUUGAAUGACGCCAAGACCUCCUUCUUGAGGUGCAAAACUCUGUGCACUGCAAACGAGCUAGCAGGCACGACAGUGGCACUUUUGGAAGUGCUAAUCCAGCAUUUACUGGUCGAGCACGUGGACUACGCGCUGGAUCUCGGCCUCCAGUCCAUACCCAUCGCGGAGAGCAAGUCUCCGCCUCAGAUUCACUUCUUUGACACAAUAAAGCAAGCUAACAAAAUUGUGAGGAUGUUUGAGGAGCAUUUCCAAGAGUCUGUAUUACCUUGUUUAGGCACGGCAUCGAAGCAAAACGAGUGUGUGAACAAGAAGACGACCAUACUGGAUCAACUCGAGAACAAGUUAGACGCUGGCUUGGAGCGGGCCAUAGCAGCCAUAGUCGGGUGGGUCAAGAUACACCUGCAGACCGAGCAGAAGAAGACUGACUUCAAGCCUGAAGGAGACAUUGACACUCUUGCUUCACAGGCGUGCCUAACAGUGGUGUCGUACCUGAACUCUGUUAUGGACAAGAUCCACGGCGGUCUGGAGGGCGACAACCUCAACGCGGCGACGCUCGAGCUGGCCGUACGCCUGCAUCGCGUCAUAUACGAGCAUCUACAGAACUUCCAGUUCAACUCUGCUGGAGCUAUGAUAGCGAUAUGCGACGUGAAGGAGUACCGGUCGGCGGUGUGCGGCCGCGGGCCGCGGGCGGCGCCGGCGCCGGCGCACGCGCUGUUCGAUGCGCUGCACGCGCUCUGCAAUCUGCUUCUCGUCAAGCCCGAGAACCUGCACCAGGUCUGCGAGGGAGAAACUCUGGCCGAGUUGGACCACUCGAUCCUGCUCAACUUCAUCCAGCUGCGCUCCGACUACAAGAGUCACAAGUUGGCGAGCUUCCUCAAAGGACUGGCGUAACACCUUACCCAAGCCACCGAAAUAUAUUGACCCUAACAUUAUCUAGUUGUAUGUUAACACAUAUUGUUACUUGUAUCUAGGUAAGCAAAGCUAUUUAUACACAGUAUUAAAAUCUAUUUAUACAA